AUUUUAUUGCUGCGUUUGGAUAAUUUGCUACUGAUUAUGGAAAGAAACUUAUGACUGGCCAUCAGCUCUAGCCUCUAUGUACAGCUGCAAUACAGCAAGAUCCAAACUAGUAGAAAGCCCCAAACCAAAGCUUCCCAUUUUACUGGAAUGCUAAGGAGCUACGGGACAAGCCCACGCCCCAACAGCCGGCCGGCGAAGAAUCUUCCAUGGAGAUUCCUCGCCGGAGCUCCGGCGAGGAGCUGACGAGGCGUCAAAAGGUACGUUCGAUAUUCGAGCGCUUCGAUUUGAACGGCGAUGGGGGUCUCGACCGCUCCGAAUUGGCCGCCCUCGUUGCUGCCGUGAACCCCGCCCUCCAUUUCACCGGCGAUCAGAUCUCGUCCAUCGUAGACGUGGUCUUCCGCUCUUACUGUGAUUUCAACGCUGAUUCUUCAUCCGGCCUCUCCCUCGACGGUCUCUGUCAAACCUACGCUGAUGGAGCCGGCGAUCUCGACCGCGAUUUUGCCGCUUUGUUUCUCUCUAAUGAGAAUCCAGAUGUGUUCAAUUCUAGUUUGAGCACCAAUCGGUACCUGCAGCUCUCUCUUACGUGGCUCUCUUCGCCCAACCAUGGCGUGAAGUAUGGUAGUACUUGGAAGGUGAUCGAAGAGGUUGAAAAUGCUAUUAGGGCUAAGAUUCGGGCUCGUGCAGUUAAGCUUUUGUCUAAAGAAUCCACUUUUGCGGAGGGAUUCUCAGAAGUGUGGUGCUCUACUGAUCUUGGGUUGGAGCUGGAGCGGAGGGGUUCAGAGUUUGUGUUUAACGAGAAGUCUAGUGAGUUCCGGGUUUUGUUGCAGGAGUUGAAGGCGAUUAGGGCUAAAGUUGACAGUAUGCUUAUGGUGGAAGAGGUAUUUGAUGGCCAUCUUGCGAUUGGGAGGACUUUGUUCGAACGCCGGUUGUUCAUGCAGGCGCUUGAAAGUUUCCGCCGCGCUUUAGAGCUACGGCCAAUGGAUGCGCGGCCUCUUUUCCGGAUGGGCAACACUCUAUGGUCUCUAGGCCGGAUUAAAGAGGCUAAAGAUAGCAUCUUGGCCGCUCUGGAGCUGGCUGAGAGCGAUUCAUUUCAGUGGUCAGGUCUCCUUCCUCAGAUUCAUGUGAAUUUGGGGAUAGUCAUGGAAGCAGAAGGCCUAGUGAUCAAUGCCAGUGAGCAUUAUCGCGAAGCUGCCAUCCUCUCCCCAAGCCAUUAUAAAGCUCUCAAGCUUCUUGGAAGCGCUUUGUUUGGUGUUGGUGAGUAUGAGCCAGCAGAGACGGCAUUGCAGGAAGCUGUUUUCCUCAAGCCAGACUAUCCUGAUGCACAUUGUGAUCUCGGAUGUGUUUUCUACGUCAUGAAGGAGGAGGAGAAGGCAAUUCUGGCCUUUCAAAGGGCGAUUGAUCUCAAACCUGACCAUUUAGAUGCUCUUUAUAAUCUAGGGAGCUUGCUUCUGAGUGCAGGUAGGCAUAAGAGAGCAGCAGACAUGUUUGGGAGGGUGGUUGCAUUCAAUCCAGGUCACUGGAAAGCUCAUCUGAAUCGAGGUAUCUCUUUGUUUGGUGCUGGAGAGCUGAAUGAGGCAAAAAAAGCUCUUUCUGAAGCAUUAAAGAUAACAAAAAGGAUAGAAUUGUAUGAAGCCAUUCAGCAUUUGAAGCAAUCAAAGAGAAAGAAACCGAAAGAUGAGCGAGCACAUUGGGUUACAGUUGAUGCUUCUAAGUUUGUGACAGCAGAUGAGAGAACCACAACUCAAAAAUGCUUGUCAGAUACCAUAUGGACUAGAGAAAUCCAGAAAUCAACUAAAUUAGGACGUUGUGAUGCUACUCUUCUGAAGAAGGAAAUGGAGGCAUACCAAUUCCCUGUUUCUUCUUCAGAUAGAUCGGUAAGGAAGGCUGAGGUGGAGCUUCUUCUCUACAAGCUUCUCCAUUCCUUGCGGCCUGAUACUUUUCGUGGUGCCAUCAAGGCAAUUGAUGAACGGAUAUGGCAUGUAUUGGAUAUUACUGGUUCUGGAAAGAUUGAUCUUGGUAUGUUCUUUGCCGUCAUAGCUCCUAUAUGUGGAGGAUCACCGGAGAAUCGAAAAAGAGCAGCCUUUGAUGCUCUUUCAUGGCAUCCUUCAAAGAAUGAACCACAUUACCUGUUUUCUAGUGUGGAUGCCUAUGUUUACAUGAGAAACUUGAGAAAGGUUUACUUUCUUUCUCAGCAGUUUUCUGAUCUGAUGGAGAUCCCCCAGGUAGGAGAUGGUAUUGAUAUUUCAUUUCAUGAAUUUGUGAACAUGUUUGAUGAUAUUGAACAUGGUUUUGGAAUAAUGAGUACAUUGAUGAAGCUAGAGGAAGGUGCUAAGGUGCACAGAAGCCGGCAUUCAUGUGGGGUUUGCAGGUACAGAAUCUCCAACCUCAUGUUCAAAGAAGUGAAGGCAAAGUUUUGUUUAUGUGCCAAUUGCUACAGUGAGUGUAAGGUCCCUUCUUUUUUUGACAAGGAAGAUGAGUACAAAUUCAAGGAGUGCUUUUUUGAGUAACUGGGAGAUGUCACUUUAUAUAUGAGAGUUAGUGCUCUGAUAUCUGAUAUAUGAGAGUAACUGGGAGAGGCUUUGCUUAUGUAGUUGGAAGGGGUGGCCUAUCAUGAAUUGGUUGGUCAAUGUUGUUAAUAUCAAUAUUUUAAUAAAAGAGGAUGCUUGCGUAAGGUUCUGGGCGUGACAUACGUUUAUUAUUUUGCCACCAAAAACGACAUUUUGACCAAGUACUAACAUCUCAAACUUCUGCCGUCCAUGUUCUCUUUCACAGCUUGCUAUGUUACUCUUCACCAAUUCUCGUGGAAAGCUCAGAAGCUCAUUCAUUCCUAUCUUCUGCAAAGCUAUAUAGAGGGCUCUAGUGCUGUUUGGUUCGGCCUAUGAUUUUUGUUUUUGGUGGGAAUGGGUUUGAGAUGAGGAGUUUUAUUCCUCUUUCAUCUUUUUUGGUCAUGUUAGAAAGUUAAGCUGAUGUUGUGAGUAGACAUCAUUAUAAAUCAUGUAGAGAAUCCAUUGAUUUGC